CCAGUUUCCGACAACGUGAGUCGUAAGCACUGCUGCCGUGAAUAGGCUGUUUUUGUUUUGUUUCUUUAGUUGUAAAAACCAAACGUUUGUUGAUUUUAAAACAAUAUAACGAAAGGCAAGGGGGACAUCUAAUACAUAUAGCCAUUAUAUCUAUUAAUCGAAUUUGCGAAAAAUAGGCCAUCAAGAUUUUAAGUACAGCGUGAGGCCCGGCGGACAACGAGCUCGAGCGGCUUCAAAAAGUUUGUUGUUGUCACGUGACACGAGGCGAAUGUGGCGAUAAAAAGUUUUUUCUUUCAAAAUUAAAAGCAAACUUGUUUUUGAUAUUUAUUUAAGUAUAUAGCUAUUUUAAACCAUGCCUCAACCGAAAUACAGGAAGAUUGCCGUGUUGGGAUACCGAUCAGUAGGCAAAUCUUCUCUGACAAUCCAGUUUGUGGAGGGACAGUUUGUAGAUUCAUAUGAUCCCACCAUUGAAAAUACCUUCAAUAAAAUGGUGUCUGUGAACGGGCAGGACUUCAACCUGCAGCUGGUGGACACUGCAGGACAGGACGAGUACUCCAUUUUCCCUCAGUCUCACUCUAUGGACAUCCAUGGCUACGUGCUUGUCUAUUCCGUCACCUCCAUGAAAAGUUUUGAAGUGGUUCAGGUCCUUCAUGAUAAGCUGCUGGACAUGGUUGGGAAAAUUCAGGUGCCAACUGUUCUUGUUGGGAACAAAAAAGAUCUUCACAUGGAAAGGGUGAUCAAGCCAGAAGAGGGGAAAAAACUGGCUGACUCCUGGGGGGCCGCGUUCAUGGAGUCCUCUGCCAAGGAGAACCAGACAGCGGUAGAGGUAUUCAAGAGGAUUAUUUUGGAGAUGGAGAAGGCAGACGGAAAUGCACCUUCAGAUGACAAGAAGUGUUCAGUGAUGUAGAGACUCCAUUGGAACAGCAGUUGGCCCCAUGGCAGAAGCCAGGAGACACCACCACCCCCACCCCUGUUCAUCACCAGCCAACCAAUCAUGACCUACAAUACCAUAGAACUACCACCAGCCCCAAACUGCUGCUGUCAAGAGCCAGCCAAUCACUGUGAACGCUGUACAAGAGCUAACCAAUCCUGACACUUGGCUCUUUUUCUGGUAGCCUUUUACCAGACUGGAAAACCCCAACAGCCAUCUAAACAGUGUUCACUCACCAUCAGAUAUGCCUCUCUGGUCUGCUAAAAUGAAUGUUGUUAAGCAAACCUGAUAAUAACCUUGAUAGCAGUAGUCAAGCCCAGAUUAAACCUCAGGAACUGAGAGCCAAUACCAUUUACAUUUUACUUUGUUGAACCAAUUAACCUUGGUCUGCCUACUGUUCGCUCAAGUUCACCUUAAAGCAUACCACAUGGAAUUCACCUACUCCAAAUGAACGUACCUAGCCAUGUGUGGAGAGUUGUAAUUCUAUAUUAAUGAAUAAAAAUAGCUGACAUAUUAGUUCAGUUAACCAAGUCUGCCUUAAGACACAGGCUGAGCCAACAAGUCCUGGACACGGCAUCCACAUGGGUGCAUACACUCUUGAGGUCUUCAGGUGAUGCAGCCAGUCCUGUUUUGCUGGUGCAGUGGAGAACCACAGUUCAGAUUACCUUUACCGUUUCCACAGAAUAACGAACACCUGGUUAAUUGUUUUACAUGAACCUGUACACUCUUAGCAGGUUAAAAUACAGUCUAAAUGAAAUAAAUUUACGGAGUCAUUUCCACAGCGUACUUGCAGGCAGAAAAUUAAAACAUGUCCUGGAAUAUGCCUGACAGAAGCUUUGGUGCAGCAUCUGCCUUUGGAAUGUGACAGUAUUUCAUACAGCAGUUCCCUUACUGUAGAACAUACCGGUUGUAUAAGCAAGCAAAGUAUUUCCGGUUUAAUCUUGUCUUUUUAAAUUACCAAAUAUUUUUUCCUUUACAUUUUGAUGUUCUUUAUUUUUCUGGUUGGUAGAUGGCUCCUUAUUCUGAUUAAUACUAUUAUGCUGUAAUUAAAUUGCCAUUUUAAUAAAAAAUGUAGUUUUCUGUGAAAUCACCCAAUUUAAAAUUAAGGAGAUAUUUUUAUUUCUGUAGCAACAUUAGGAAGUCCCCCCCCAAAGUAGGACACAAGGCAGGGGCUUAAUGGAAUUGUCAUUGUUGGUUCUUUAGAAACCAACAUUUGUAUAUUAAAUUAUGUACAUAAUUACACUGCUGAUAGAAUAAUUAUCUAGUUUUGGUUUACAGUUUCAGGUAAGCUGUAAUGUAUGUAUAUUAUUAAAGGAAAUAUACUUCACAUCUUCCACUCCCCUCACAACUUGACCCCUCUGCCUCCUCAUACAUGAAUAGACACAAAUGAAAUGGAAAAGACCGAAUCCUUAUUUUUCUUUUCGCUUGAAACUGUCUGCCUAUUUCCUGUAUUUAUUAUUUUUCUGUGGUUUUAAUCAAGCACAGCUCUUGAAUAAUGGAAAGGUGAUUGAUGGUGGUGAAGGGCAGUGUUUGCACUGGUGAUGCGGUGUUCUGUGCCUUACCCCCAUAUACCCCCCCCCACUCCCCUCCCCCUUUCCAUGACUGAAGGUGCUUUCUUGGGUUUUCCUCUCUGGUGACUUGAACCUGGGAACUGCUGGUGUUGUGCACCUCAACACUGACUUCCCCCUUUCCCCACUUUCAUGGUUGCAGUCAACACAAAUCUUGCUGUAAACAGUUUUGUAUAUAUAAAUAAAUUCUUUACUCCUUUGAA